AUGGAAGAGUCAACACAACAUAUUGGUAUUAAUGGUAUGACUUGCCAAAGUUGUGUAAGAAAUAUUGAAAAUACAAUAACUAAAUUAAAUGGAAUUCGAUCAAUUAAAGUUUCACUUGAAGAUAAAUUAGGAAUUGUUAUUUUUGAUUCAAAUACUAUUAGUAUAAAUAAUAUUGUUGAACGUAUUAAUCAAAUGGGUUUUAAUGCUGAGCUUAAUCAAACAAUACAAAAUGACAAUCUUGAUGUUGAGCUUGGAGGUAUAUCAGAUGAAAAUAUUCCUAUUUCUAUUGAACGUAUAUCAUUAAUAAAUGGAGUUUUAAAUGUUAAGUUUCCUUUCAAAAAUGAUAGUACUCAUGCACAGAUAUCUUAUAACAAAAAUCAAAUAGAUACUUAUACACUAUAUCAAAAGAUACAGUCCAUUGGCUAUAAAGUAAAUCCAAAAUUAGAGAACAUUUCUCAAGCUUAUUUACGUAUACAAGGAAUGCAUUGUAAUUCAUGUGUUGUGAAUAUAACAGAGACAGUUGAAGAUCUACCAGGUAUACAUGAUAUUAAAGUAUCACUUGAUGAUCAAUCAGCAACUGUUUUAUAUGAUUCCAAUAUAAUUAAGUUAUCAAUUAUUAUCAAAGAAAUUGAAAGCUUAAGUUUUCAGGUUGCUGUUUCAACGACAAAUGAUAGAAACAAGCCACAAGGUGAUAAUAAUCGUCAAACAAGUUCAGAACUAACAGUUCGACGAAGGAAUGUAAAUAAUGAUAUAGAAACUUGUUUUAUAAACGUGACCGGUAUGACAUGUGCUAGUUGUGUUGAUUUAAUCCACCGAAAUCUUUCUAAAGUAGAAGGAAUUCAUUCCGUACUUGUUGCACUUUUAUCAAAUAAAGCUGAAGUAAAAUAUAAUCCUGAAUCUAUCAUUCCAUCACAAAUUGCUCAUUUAAUUAAUGAGCUUGGAUUUCAUGCUGAAAUACUCGAUAAAAUGGAGCAUGGUGUUGAUAUUAUUGAUCUAAAUAUUGCAAAUAUGACAUGUGCAUCGUGUGUACGAAAAAUUGAAACUUCCAUAGGAAAAUUACUUGGAGUGCACAGUGCCGAAGUAGCAUUACUCACACAUCGUGGUAGAUUUAAAUACGAUCCUUCACAAAUUGGUCCAAGAGAUAUUAUUGAUAGACUUAAUGCGAUUGGUUUUUCUUCUUCAUUAAUUAGUGAAGAUUCAAAAGCAUUCAGUUUAGCAAAAAUGCAUCGUCGAGAAACUCGAAAAUGGCGUAAUUCAUUUUUACUUUCUGCACUUUUUGCCAUUCCAGCAAUGAUAAUAAUGAUGGCCUUUAUGUUUAAAUGGAAAAAUCAUGAAGAAUCCCCACAAGUAAUACGUGGUCUAUCUCUAGAAAAUCUUAUUAUGUUUCUUUUCUCGACACCAGUUCAAUGGAUUAGUGGUCGUUAUUUUUAUAUCCAAGCAUUCAAAGCAUUAAAACAUGGUUCAGCUAAUAUGGAUGUUUUAAUUGUAAUGGCAACAACAACAGCAUAUUUGUAUUCAUGCAUUGUUGUUUUAUUUAAUAUUAUGCAAAAUCUUCCAAGUCCAAUUACUUUUUUUGAUGUACCACCAAUGCUUAUGAUGUUUGUUGCACUUGGUAGAUGGCUUGAACAUAUAGCUAAGGGAAAAACAUCAGAUGCUUUAACAAAAUUAUUAUCAUUACAACCUCCACAAGGAACAUUAGUUCGUUUAGAUGAAACAACUGGUACAAUUAUUGAAGAAAAAACUAUUCUUGCAAAACUUAUACAACGUAAUGAUAUAUUAAAAGUCGUACCAGGUGGAACAAUUCCCACCGAUGGUCGAGUUAUUGAAGGUACAUCAACAUGUGAUGAAUCAUUAUUAACCGGUGAAGCAAUGCCAGUUGAAAAAACUGUUGGUUCCCAAGUUGUAGGUGGAACAAAAAAUAUAAAUGGAAUGUUAUUAAUUUGUGCAACACAUGUUGGUCAUGAAACAGCACUUAAACAAAUAAUUAAAUUAGUUGAAGAAGCACAAACUUCAAAAGCACCUAUACAAGCAUUAGCUGAUAAAAUUGCAGGUUACUUCGUACCUGUUAUUGUUGGUUUUUCUGGUAUUACAUUAAUCUGUUGGAUUAUUAUUGGUAUUACUCAUUUUGAUAAAAUAGAAAAAUAUUCAAUGUAUCAUCAUUCUAUGUUCAGACAUCAUGUAGGAAAAGUACCAAGUAAUACGGAAGUUGUGCUUGAAUUAGCUUUUCGUUUUGCUAUUACAGUCCUUUCGAUUGCUUGUCCUUGUGCUCUUGGACUUGCAACACCAACAGCUGUUAUGGUUGGUACUGGUGUUGGUGCUUCUCAAGGAAUUCUUAUUAAAGGUGGCGAACCACUAGAAGCUGCCCAUAAAAUUCGUACAAUUGUUUUUGAUAAAACAGGUACCGUAACUCAAGGCAAACCAACUGUUGUCGAUACACGUUUAUUUCUUCCGAAUGAUUCCUAUUGGACAUUACCACGAAUGUUAGCAAUAGCUGGUACAGCUGAAAAUUGCUCUGAACAUCCGUUAGGUAAGGCUAUACGAAUAUAUUGCAAAGAUUAUUUUGGCUGUGAACAAUUUGGUCGUUGUGAAGAUUUUAAUUCUAUUUGGGGUUAUGGUUUAAGUGCGAAAGUAAAUGGAAUUGAAUUUUUAAUCAAUAAAUAUAUUGGCUCAAAUCAUAAUGUAUCUUUAAAUGAUAAAACUUAUGCAGUUUUAAUUGGAAAUCGAGAAUGGAUGGAAAGAAAUAAUAUGCAUGUGACGAACGAAGUUGAUUCAGCUAUGUCAAAACAUGAAUAUGAUGGACAUACUACUGUAUUGAUUGCUAUUGAUAAGACAAUUAUUGGUAUGAUUGCAAUAGCUGAUCGUAUAAAACCUACUGCACCAUUAACAAUCUUUGCUCUUCAAUCAAUGGGUAUAAAUGUUUUACUUGUUACUGGUGAUAAUGUUAAAACUGCUCGUGCUAUAGCUGCACAGAUUGGUAUAAAAAAUGUGUAUGCUGAAGUUUUACCUACUCAAAAAGAACGUUUUAUUGCUAUUUUAAAAGAAAAUAGUGCUAAAGGUGAUAAAGUAGCAAUGGUUGGCGAUGGCGUAAAUGAUUCACCAGCAUUAGCUCGUGCUGAUGUUGGAAUUGCUGUUGGAACAGGAGCUGAUGUAGCUGUUGAAGCAGCACAUAUUGUUUUAAUUCGUGAUGCACUUGAAGAUGUUCUUGCUGCAAUACUUUUAUCAAAAAAAACUGUUCGAAGGAUAAGAUUUAAUUUUUUAUUUGCUGUUAUUUAUAAUCUCAUCGGUGUACCAAUUGCUGCUGGAGUUUUUCUUCCCAUUGGUAUCUCAUUAAUGCCAUGGAUGGCAUCAGCUGCCAUGGCUUUAUCAUCAGUUAGUGUUGUUAUGUCAUCAUUACUUUUAAGAAAUUUUCAUAAACCAAAUCUACAGAAGUAUGCCACUCAGGAAUUUAUUUUUUGGUCAAUGAAUAAAGAAAAAAAUAUUAACGUUCACCGUGGAAUUAAUGAUGUUGAACGAACACCUAAUGAUUCAUUCAUUUCAAGUCUACGUGGAAGUCGUUUAGUACAGAUGUUUUCCGGUGCUGUAUCAGCUGUCAGACAACAAACAUCACAUCCAUUGUAUGAUAAACAGAAAGCCGCAUUAUUACUUAAUACAAAUGCUCAUGAUGAAGAAACGGAAUUACAAGUGCUAGCAUGA